AUGGCAGCGGCGGGCGGCGGCGGGCCCGGCGGGCCCUCUGAGGGGACAGGGGACGAUGGCGGAGGUGUCGGCUCCAGGACAGUGUACUUAUUUGACCGGCGCGAGAAGGAGUCCGAGCUCGGUGACCGGACGCUGCAGGUUGGGGAGCGCUCGGACUACGCGGGAUUCCGCGCCGCAGUGUGUCAGGUACACGAACGGGCGAAGGAGGGAUGCGCGCAUGAAACUGUUAAAGAUGGAGUCACCCUGUACCUGCUACAGUCAGUAAAUCAGUUACUUCUAACAGCCACAAAAGAGCGAAUUGACUUCUUACCUCACUAUGACACACUGGUUAAAAGUGGCAUGUAUGAAUAUUAUGCAAGUGAAGGACAGAAUCCAUUGCCAUUUGCACUUGCGGAAUUAAUUGAUAAUUCAUUGUCUGCCACUUCUCGUAACGUUGGUAUUAGAAGAAUACAGAUCAAAUUGCUUUUUGAUGAAACACAAGGAAAACCUGCUGUUGCAGUGAUAGAUAAUGGAAGAGGAAUGACCUCUAAGCAGCUUAACAACUGGGCCGUGUAUAGGUUGUCAAAAUUUACAAGGCAAGGUGACUUUGAAAGUGAUCAUUCCGGAUAUGUUCGUCCAGUACCAGUGCCACGCAGUUUAAAUAGUGAUAUUUCCUAUUUUGGUGUUGGGGGCAAGCAGGCUGUUUUCUUUGUUGGACAAUCAGCCAGAAUGAUAAGCAAACCUGCAGAUUCCCAAGAUGUUCAUGAGCUUGUACUUUCUAAAGAAGAUUUUGAGAAGAAGGAGAAAAAUAAAGAAGCAAUAUAUAGUGGAUAUAUUAGAAACAGAAAGAUUUCUAUGUUUGAAAAAGGGAAGGCACCUAAAAUUAUCAACCUAAGGGAAAUACAAGAUGACAUGCAAACAUUGUAUAUAAACACAGCAGCUGAUAGUUUUGAGUUCAAGGCUCAUGUUGAAGGAGACGGUGUAGUGGAAGGGAUUAUCCGAUACCAUCCUUUCUUAUAUGACAGAGAAACAUACCCUGAUGAUCCAUGCUUUCCAUCAAAAUUAAAAGAUGAAGAUGAUGAUGACGAUUGUUUCAUACUUGAGAAGGCAGCAAGAGGGAAAAGGCCUAUUUUUGAAUGUUUUUGGAAUGGACGAUUAAUACCGUAUACAUCAGUUGAAGACUUUGACUGGUGUACUCCUCCUAAGAAGAGAGGGCUUGCACCAAUUGAAUGCUACAAUAGAAUAUCUGGUGCAUUAUUCACUAAUGACAAAUUCCAGGUCAGCACAAAUAAACUAACUUUUAUGGAUCUUGAGCUAAAAUUGAAAGAUAAGAACACCCUUUUUACGAGGAUUUUAAAUGGACAGGAGCAACGAAUGAAAAUUGACAGAGAAUUUGCUUUAUGGCUGAAGGACUGUCAUGAAAAGUAUGAUAAACAAAUAAAAUUUACAUUGUUUAAAGGAGUAAUUACACGUCCUGAUCUUCCUUCUAAAAAGCAAGGCCCCUGGGCAACAUACUCGGCAAUAGAAUGGGAUGGAAAGAUAUACAAAGCAGGACAGCUGGUAGCUUCAAGUGGAAAUAAAGAAAUCAUUUCACAUAUUAGUCAACAUGGAGGAAAAUGGCCUUACUGGUUUAAAAAAAUGGAAAACAUUCAAAAGUUGGGGAAUUACACAUUGAAAUUACAAGUUGUAUUGAAUGAAAGUAAUGCAGACACUUAUUCAGGAAGACCACUACCAUCUAAAAUAAUUAAAUUUUCUGUUAAAGAGGGUAAGCCAGAGAAAUUUUCAUUUGGUCUCCUGGAUCCUCCUUUUCGUGUUGGAGUUCCAUUCAAUAUCCCUCUGGAGUUUCAGGAUGAAUUUGGUCAUGCUAGUCAACUAGUAACUGAUAUUCAGCCAGUUCUUGAAGCAAGUGGUUUAUCUUUACGUUAUGAAGAAAUAACCAAAGGACCAAAUUGUGUAAUCCGAGGUGUUACAGCCAGGGGCCCGGUAAACUCUUGUCAAGGCAAGAAUUAUAACCUGAAGGUUAUUCUACCGGGUUUAAAAGAAGACUCUCAGAUUUUGAAAAUUAGAUUACUACCUGGUCACCCUCAUCGAUUGAAAGUGAAACCUGAUUCUGAAAUUUUAGUUAUAGAAAAUGGAACAGCUUUCCCAUUUCAGGUGGAAGUAUUAGAUGAAUCAGACAACAUAACAGCACAACCAAAAUUGAUUGUUCAUUGUAAGUUUUCAGGUGCUCCAGACCUUCCAGUCUAUGUUGUGGAUUGCAGUAGUUCUGGAACCAGUAUUUUAACAGGAUCUGCAAUUCAAGUUCAGAAUAUUAAAAAAGACCAGACACUUAAAGCAAGAAUUGAAAUACUUAAUUUUAAAGAAGUGCCACCUGUGGAGAAGACUAUUAAGUUGCUUCCCAGUAGCCAUGUUGCAAGACUGCAGAUAUUUAGCUUGGAAGGACAGAAGGCAAUCCAGAUCAAACAUCAGGAUGAGGUUAAUUGGAUAGCAGGCGACAUUAUGCGUAAUCUCAUUUUUCAAAUGUAUGAUGAGGGAGAAAGAGAAAUCAAUAUAACAUCAGCUUUAGCAGAAAAAAUUAAAGUUAACUGGACUCCCGAGAUUAACAAAGAACACUUGGUACAGGGUCUACUUCCUGAUGUACAGGUACCAACAUCUGUAAAAGAUAUGCGCUAUUGCCAGGUUUCAUUCCAAGAUGAUCAUGUGUCUUUGGAAAGUGCAUUUACAGUAAGACCUCUUCCUGAUGAACCUAAACAUUUAAAAUGUGAGUUAAAAGGAGGAAAAACCGUACAGAUGGGCCAAGAGCUACAAGGAGAAAUAGCCAGAAACACAUCUGAAAACACACAAAGUAUAAGUGUAAGAGGCAUCAGAUUUAUUCCAGGUCCUCCUGGAAAUAAGGAUCUUUGUUUUACUUGGCGUGAGUUUUCUGACUUUAUUCGAGUGCAGCUAAUUUCUGGACCUCCAGCUAAACUUCUCCUAAUAGACUGGCCAGAACUAAAGGAGUCCAUUCCAGUGAUUAAUGGAAGAGAUUUACAGAACCCUCUUCUUGUUCAACUUUGUGAUCAAUGGGAUAAUCCAGCACCAGUACCACAUGUUAAAAUAAGUCUCAUAAAAGCUAGCAAUUUAAAGCUCACACCUUCAAACCAACAGCAUAAAACAGAUGACAAGGGCAGGGCGAAUUUGGGAGUAUUCAGUAUUUUUGCCCCUAGGGGAGAACAUACUAUGCAGGUUAAAGCCAUCUAUAAUAAGAGCACCAUAGAAGGACCUACAAUUAAGUUAAUGAUUCUUCCAGACCCUGAAAAACCUGUUCGUAUCAAUGUUAAAUAUGACAAAGAUGCUUCCUUUUUAGCAGGGGGUCUUUUCACUGAUUUUAUGAUUACUGUUAUUUCUGAAGAUGACAGUAUCAUUAAAAAUAUUAAUCCAGCACGUAUUUCCAUGAAACUGUGGAAGCUGUCUAGCGGUGGGAACCGACCACCAGCAAAUGCAGAAACAUUUAGUUGUAAUAAAAUAAAAGAUAAUGACAAGGAAGAUGGCUGCUUCUACUUCAGGGAUAAAGUUAUUCCUAACAAAGUGGGGACAUAUUGUAUCCAGUUUGGUUUUAUGAUGGAUAAAGCAAAUAUUCUCAACAGUGAACAGAUUAUAGUUGAUGUUCUACCUAAUCAGCCUGUGAAGUUAGUUCCUAAAAUUCAACCACCUACACCAGCUGUUUCUAAUGUUCGCUCAGUUGCCAGUAGGACCUUGGUCAGAGAUCUACAUCUCAGUAUUAUGGAUGACUACAGCAAUCAUACCGGAAUUGAUUUGGUUGGCACUAUUAUAGCUACCAUUAAAGGUUUUAAUGAGGAAGAUACUGACAUCCCACUCUUUAAUGGGAAAGUUAGAACACUUGAAUUUCCUUUUGUGAAUGGUUCAGCUGAAAUCACGAGUCUAGUGCUGGCAGAAAAUAGUCCUGGAAGAGAUAGUACUGAAUAUUUUAUUAUAUUUGAGCCUCGGCUACCACUUUUAUCAAGAACAUUAGAGCCAUAUAUCCUACCAUUUAUGUUUUAUAAUGAUGUUAAGAAGCAGCAACAAAUGGCAGCACUUACAAAAGAAAAGGACCAAUUAUCUAAAUCUAUUUUUGCAUAUAGAGGUUUAUUUGAAGCCAAUCAACAGCUUCUUGAUGAAAUGAAAUGUAAGUUAUUUUGUAUUCAGAGGCCUUGUAAAAUUAUGCUUCAGGGAAUAGUGAGGCAGAAGAUGCCACACAUUGAAGCACUUUUGAAAAGAAAGCUAUCAGAACAGGAUGAACUAAAGAAAAAACCUAGAAGAUCAUGUACUCUUCCAAACUAUACUAAAGGCACUGGAGAUAUUUUGGGAAAGAUUGCACAUCUAGCACAAAUCGAAGAUGACAGAGCUGCAAUGGUUAUUUCCUGGCAUCUGGCAAGUGACAUGGACUGUGUAGUCACCCUGACCACUGAUGCUGCACGUCGUAUCUACGAUGAAACCCAAGGUCGUCAGCAAGUGUUGCCCCUUGAUUCUAUUUAUAAGAAGACUCUUCCAGAUUGGAAAAGACCUCUACCUCAUUUCCGAAAUGGAAAAUUGUAUUUUAAGCCCAUUGGAGAUCCAGUCUUCGCUCGAGAUUUGUUAACAUUUCCAGAUAAUAUAGAACAUUGUGAAACAGUAUUUGGUAUGCUGUUAGGAGACACAAUUAUUUUGGAUAAUCUGGAUGCAGCCAAUCAUUAUAGAAAAGAGGUUGUUAAAAUUGCCCACUGUCCUACACUGCUGACCAGAGAUGGAGAUCGAAUUCGAAGUAAUGGAAAGUUUGGGGGCCUUCAGAAUAAAGCUCCUCCAAUGGAUAAACUUCGAGGAAUGGUAUUUGGAGCUCCAGUACCAAAACAGUGCCUGAUCAUAGGGAAACAAAUAGAUCUUCUUCAACAGUAUCGUUCUGCUCUGUGCAAGCUGGAUGCUGUGAAUAAGGACCUUAAUAAUCAAUUAGAGUACCUUCGUACUCCAGAUAUGAAGCAAAAAAAGCAAGAACUUGAUGAACAAGAGAAAAAUCUGAAACUAAUAGAGCAAAAACUAGGUAUGACUCCCACACGUAAGAGUAAUGACUCAUUGCGUCAUUCAGCAAAGGUUGAGGUGGCAGAUUGUCCAGUUCCUCCUAAAAGAAUGAGAAGAGAAACCAUAAGACAAAAUAGGUGAGUUCAUUAUGACCUGAAAA